AAGGUGGAGUUACUUUAUCGGAUAUAACCAUGCAUGUAAUUUGGAUAAAUAAAACUAUGGUUUGAAGAAAACAUGUAUCCGUUCUUAACACGGUAUAACGCCGCGUGCACAACAACCAGGAAGCAAUGACUGCACUGUCCCUUUAAACCCUGUCCCUCUGUCUAUCACCAAUUAUAUCUGUCGCGAGCCAUUUUUAUUCUUUAUUUUCUACCAUAUAAUAACGCACGAGUCGCAGUGGGAGCAGGCAAGCAAGAUAAUAACGACGAUUUCCGAACAAUUUACGCUAAAAAUGACAUAGUCAAGGCGUUUAUGGGUCGAGUAAUGGAAGAGAAGGAGACGGGAGAGAGCGAGCCCGUGGACCUCCAGUGUGCUGAACAGACAGAUUCACUGGUCUCAUUAAUAAUAAGCGGAGAGGAGGAAGCAACGCAAGACCUGAGUGACUUGGGACACUGUUCAGGAGAUGAGGACACACUGACCAAUGGCCAUGUGGAGGAGGACGGCGAGGGAGGGACGGUCACGGCCCUCUGCUCCCCCGGCACCACCUACUGGAGCGUCAGCGAGAGCUCAGACUCCCCAUUCCUCCUGUCACCUGUCCCAGGCCCCUCCCAGCGCAGGCCCAGGGUCAAGCAGGCCUCUCGGCCGGGCCUGAGCCGCAUCCCGGGCCGCGACCAUCGCCGCUACUACCACGAGUACUGGCGCAGCGAGUACCUGAUGGACUUCGACCCGCGGCGUCACGGGAUGAUCUGCAUGGUGUGCGGCAGCUCGCUGGCCACCCUCAAGCUGAGCACCAUCAAGAGGCACAUCAGGCAGAAGCACCCGGACUCGCUGCUGUGGAGCGCGGCUGACAAGGAGGUGAUCCGGUCGGGCUGGGAGAGCCACCUGAGUUUGGAGGGGGGCCAGAGGACGCUCUGCGCCUCCGGGGGGGCCUCGGACGCUCUGGGGCCACUGCAGGAGACACUGGACUGUGCUCGGAACUCCACUGGAAAGCCUGACGGAGUGACCCCCAAAAUUCAGCCGCGCUCCCCCACCCCCUCUCCUCCCCCCCCAGCAGUCUCUGCGGACCCCCAGGGCCCCUCCGGGCCCUCGGCCCAGACCCUGGAGCGCUACCUGAACGACUCGCUCCACGCCUGGUUCCGCCAGGAGUUCCUGAUGGAGUACCAGGCGGAGGCGGGCCGGCUGGUGUGCAUGGUGUGCGGCCGCCCACUGCCCUCCCUCCACCUGGACCACAUCAAGAGCCAUGUGCUGGACACCCAUCCCAACUCCCUGGUGUUCAGCUCUGAGGAGAAGCACUGCAUCCUGCAGACCUGGGCGCUGACCCACGAAUCUGAUCCUCUAAGAGACUUCAUCAAAUCAGAGAACACCAAAGAGGAGAGUGAAACCGGAGGGGACUUCUUCCCUCAAGACAUGGAGACUAUCCAGAUUGGCUCUGACGUCUACCCUGACCCAGAGGAGGGCGACGGUGGUCCAGCCCUGGACCCUGGUGCUGGGGAUGGUGGAGGUGGUGGAGUUCCAGCUCCAGAGCACGGCACCCACCUUCUCCGCCAGCCCAGGAAACGUCGCCUGCGUGGGGGCUACCCCUGGCGGCUGCGCCUGGACUACUUGGUAGCGUAUGGACCUCAGGGACGGGGAACCUUCUGCAUGGUGUGUUCCCAGGCGCUGCCGGUGGCAAAGGUAAGCAGCUUCCGCAGGCACAUCCAGGAAUGCCACCCAGAGACCACCACACUGAGCCGCCAGGAGAGGGAGGCCAUGGCCGAGGCCUGGACCAAAGACCCCGCUGCAGAGGACCAAGCCAUGCCCAUAAAAGAAGAAAUCGCCCCCAGCAACUCUUUGUCCCUGUCGGGCGUUAGUGAAACGGGCCAGCAGACCUUAACCGGUGACAACAACAACAACAGAACUCCAACUAAAAUGGCCACCGUGAAGAAGGAAGAAGGGGUGACCGGUGCGAAGUGCGCCACCACGCCCCCGUUCGGCCGCCACGGGCACUACCCGGGCAAGGACCAGCGGAGGAACUAUCAGGUGCGCUGGCGCGUCGAGUACCUGAUGGACUACGACUGCAGACGGCACGGCCUCAUCUGUAUGGUAUGCGGCGCCACCCUGGCCACCCUGAAAGUGAGCACCAUCAAGAGGCACAUCCAGCAGGUGCACCCCCACUCUCUGGAGUACAGCCCCGAGGAGAAGCUGCAGGCUCAGCUCAGCUACAACCAGGCGCUGCACUUCGUCCACUCGGACGACUGCUUCUCCUCGCAGGACCACGGACACACUGCUGUGCUGGGACAGGAGGCUGGACUCUUUGGUACUUAGAACUGACCCUCUGGCGACCACGACUGUAGGAAUCGACCUGAAUUGAGCUGUACUGAAUGAAAUGGUAUAACAUGUGGCUGAGACAUCCUGCGUGGUGUUCAUAAACCAGUCCUUCGUUUUUGUAGUUGUUGGGGGGAGGGGGGGGGGGGGAUGGUUAAGUGAUCAAGUGCCCACCUCAGGAAAAGGGUUGAAUAAUCAGAAUGAAUGCAGCCCAAGUCUCUAUUUCUCAGGAAAUUUGAAAACAAGAGGCUAGGUUGGAGCUCUUAUAUGAACUGGUGUGUUGAAAGAACUUUACAGCACUUUUUUGUCCCAAAAAUGUACUUAACCUAGCUUUGUGGUGUGUAGAUAAUGGAAUGAGAGUUUGAGGUGUCAUGCUUAAGACAAUGAGCACACUUAAAACAGCCAUUUGUGUCCUGUUUGAUUCUACCGGGGGGAUAAUCCUAGCCUGGCUCUGCCCUCCUACGCUCAAUUUUCAUUUAGCUUAUGUACUGCGUCUGGGCUUUCGGUAGAUUAGUCAGAUGUCUCCGGAAAACUUUUUACCGGUCCAAUCAACGAACAGAGGGAGUGGCUGAGAACGAUGACGUUGGUGUUGUGCGCUAGUUUGAGUUGUAGUUCCGUAAUGGUGCAGCGAAAGAUGAGAGUGAAGCCAUUUCGGUCCGUUGUGGCAACGCUGUCGAAUAUCCAGAAGUUAAAGCCGGAGCAAGAAUAAUCUUUGCUGAGUUUUGUUGGUGGCCAUGAUGUUGUGGCCCUCCUCCCCUCGGGCCGGAAAAGUUUAAUUUUCCAGCUACAGCAGCUAGCUCCGUUACAGUACUGGUGAAGGAGUUGGCUAAUCACCUGAGAGUGGCUCUGGGCAGAUCC